AUGGCGGAGUCAAAGCGAACAUCUGAACCCAUCAACUUUGUGCAUCAGGAUGAAAUCUGGAAAGCACACGUUAACAUGGAGAAGGAUUCAGCUGAAAUCUGGCCCAACAAGUGGGGCUUCCUGACUGAGGUUUACAAAGAGUACAAGCUGGAGAAUGUGAAGCUGAAGACAAGCGUCCGAGUGGAGCCCCCCCCUCACCUGGUCCCACUGCCUGAGACCCCCCCAGAGAAAUCCAUCCAGGUUGGCCCCUCCCCUCCAGUCCCUCAGACAACUCAGGCUCUGAUUGGCUGGCGUUCAGGCCGCUCCCAUCUGCAACUGGAGAAGUACGGCCCGGUGCAUCAUGGGAGACGUAGUCUUCUGAAGGAGCUGGGCUGGCCUCUCGACGCUUGCUGA